AUGGAGAGUUUGGAUAUUAGCAUAUCUCCUGACCUAAGUGACGUAUUUGAUGAUGAUGAAAAUGAAGAAUUAGAAAAAUUUCACCAAGAGCAAGAUGAGGAGUGGAUGACUUUGUGUCAACUAGCAGGUAAAUAUACUUUGACGUAUUGCGAAAAGUACUUAUGUAAGAAACCUUGUCGUACAUCAAAGUGCUUCGGACAUAUAUUUAUUCAAGACAUAUUACGAGGAAAUGAAACACGUUGUUACGAAAAUUUUCGAUUGAAUAAAGCCGUGUUUAUUGAUUUAUCCAAUGACUUAACUGAAAAGUAUGGGCUUAAAGUCACUCGUGAAAUUUCUACACACGAAAUGUUAGGCAUGUUUUUGAUGAUUUGUCCACAUGGAGCGGGAAAUCGAAUGAUACAAGAAAUCUUUGAACAUUCUGGAGAGAUGGUUCAUAGACACUUUCAUAGUGUUUUAGAUGCUAUUUCUAAGUUUGUAAGAGAUAUCAUUAGACCACAUUUAAAUUAUAAUGAUGGUGUAGGAGCUCACAAGCCAUGUAACGAGCGAUAUUUUCCCUUCUUUAAAGAUUGCAUUGGGGCACUUGAUGGCACACAUGUUAAAGCUAGAUUGCCGCAAGGACAAGAAAUUUCGUAUAUUAGUCGUAAAGGUUAUCCGACUCAAAAUAUUCUUGCCGUUAUAGAUUUCAACAUGUGUUUUACAUUUGCAUUGGCUAGAUGGGAAGGAUCGGCUCAUGACAAUCGUAUAUUUCGUGAGACUCUCCGUAGACAAAAACUCAACUUUCCACAUUCAUUGGAAAAUAAAUAUUAUCUAGUUGAUUCUGGAUAUUCGCACACGAAGGGAUACAUGGCUCCUUAUAGAGGAGAUAAUGUGAGGUAUCACCUUUCUGACUUUCGACGUGGUGCAACGCGACAAUUGCGGGAGCCAAACGAACGCAUUGAAGAAUUUAAUUAUUUGCAUUCUUCUUGUAGAAAUAUAGUAGAACGCACAUUUGGUGUAUGGAAAGCGAGGUGGUCUAUUUUGCGUGACAUGCCUUACUAUAACAUUGACACUCAAAGGGAUAUCGUAAUUGCCACUAUGACCAUUCAUAAUUACAUUAGAAAGAAGUGCAAUGUGGAUAAUGGAUUUCAAACGGCUGAGAAUGAAGGAUAUAUUCCAUCGGUUGAUUUUGAUGUAGGCACAACUUCAACGGCUAGCAAUAUAGACGCCGAAAAUGUGAGUGAGGAAAGUAAUGUUCACUGGGUUUGGCUUCGUGAUAUGAUUGCUAAUGAUAUUUGUAAUGCUUAA